GCCCGACGCCAGCGGUUGCAGGGGUCGGAAUCACGGUGAAGGACGACUUCCUGAAACUCUUCGGCCAUAAACUGCAUUUUGAGGUUAUCUUUCCUGGGCGAGCGGCUGCGCUGCAUCUGGUGGGGGAGCAUGGCUCCUUGGAUAUCUUUUCAGUUUACUUCCACACUGGCAACUCUAGUCCCGCCGAGGACCUGGCCGAGGCGGGCUUCGAUCCAGAGGGUCGUGCUGCCUCUGAUUAUGAACUCCGGGAGGCGCUCCGCCGUCGGCUGGCUCGGCAUAUAAAGCCCCGGGACCAGGUGAUGACCAUCAUCAGCGGGGACUUCAAUUACGUGGUGCACUCUGCUGACCGGGUCUGCCCCUCGACUGCUUCCAACACGGGCGGCCGGGAUUACAGAGACUCUUGUUCUUGGCGCAAUAUGCUCGAAACCCCAUUGGGGCUCCACGAGUUGUACCAACCAGAGCACACGUAUGCGUCCCCAGACUCGCGCUCCCGCAUCGAUCGGAUAUAUAGCAACCAGUACGACGUCGAAUAUUUAGACAAGGCUGUCUGUUGCACCGCCCUCAACUGGCCCCCAUUACUUUCGCGCCAUCGCCCAGUCAGCUUUCGGAAGUGCCUCAAGAUUGCCAGCGGAGACGCGGACCGCCCCAUUGGCGACCAGGUCCUGGAUCAUCCCGACUGGCCUCGGCAGGUGGCACUCGCCUGGCAGGAUCUCCUCCGGGACCACGCCGGCGCCUCGGGCAUCGUUGCGCUGCAGCUACUCAAACGGGCCACGCGGCACGUGAUGGAAUUGCAGAACAACUUCACCAUUCAAGAGCUCAGCAGCCUGCACUCUGACCUCAAGGACCUUGAUCCGGACCAGGCCGCGCGCCGUCGCCGUAGGAACCACCAGUUGGUCUGCCCGUUAGCCCCGGGGCGCAGCUGCCAGAGUUUCGCCAUCGACACCGCGUCGGGGGAGGCCACCUCCGACCCGCAGGAAAUGCCUGCUUUUUUGCGCGCGCAUUGGGAGAAAGUCUUCAGGCAGAGGGAUAUCGAUCAGCAGUUGAUGGCCUCGUGGCUACGGGAAGACGCGCAACACCUUCCAGACGACUACCAAGAACACCUGCCUCAUGACGCGGUGCCAGAGGCGACCUUCAGGGAGGCGAUCCUGCUCACCGGGAACAGCUCGCCUGGCCGGGACGGCAUUCCGUUCAAGGCCUGGCGCCGGGUGGUGGACCUCGCCGCUGGUGCUUUCGAGGCGGCCUACAGGGAUCUCGUCGCCGCGGACGGCCUCGACCGAGCGCGCGAGGAGUGGGGGUCUUUCAACGAGAGCACCAUGGUAUUCAUACCGAAAAAGGCCACGUCCAUCCGCGCAGACGGGACGGAGGUGUUCCCUCCCGGCAACAUGAGGCCGCUGAACAUCACGAAUACGGACGACCGGGUCCUGCGCAGCGCUGUUCGCAUGCACAUCGAACCGCAGGUAGCACCCGGGGCAUCGCAGGAGCAACGCGGCUUUCUUUGCGGGCGCUCCAUGCUCGCGAACGUGCUGGACAUCGAGGAGGCCAUGAUCGAUAACGCCUUCACACAGGACUUCCCCCUCGCCGUGUUCCUGGACUUUGAAUCCGCGUUCCCCAGCAUCAACCAGACUUUCAUCCAGCAGGUGUUGGUGUCGAGGGGGUGGCCCCCCUGGUUCCGGUAUUUUGUUGCGGUGCUGUACGACAACAACUACUGCUUCCUUUCCUUGAACGGUUCUUCAGCAGAGGGCUUUGGGAUUACCACUGGAGCGCGGCAGGGGCGCCCUCUGUCACCCCUCAUAUUCUCGAUUGUCUCCGACGUCUUGAUCCGCAGGGUUCGCCGACUCGUGCCGGCCGUGGUGCUUCGCGCUUAUGCUGACGACAUUGCGCUGGUGCUUGGCCAUGGACCACAGCAACCCGGGCUCCUCGAGGUCAUUUUCGGCGAGUACGAGUUCGUGUCUUGCCUGAAGUUGCACAGGGGUAAGUCCAUCAUUGUGCCGCUCUCGCCAUUGCCUCAUGACCAGAUUCGCGCGGCGGUGGCGGGCGCGGCGAGAUCUUGGGCAGAAUUUACUUUGGCGGGUCACGCAAAAUACUUGGGGUUCAUCUUGGGCCCAACCCGGGCGCCCCUCGCAUGGGACUCCGUUUUCGCGAAGAUGCUGGAGCGGGCCCUGGUCUGGAAGCGCAUCGGUGGUGGCAUGCUCGUAUCCGCGGUGGCGUACCGCAUGUACAGAUUGCCCUUGGCAGGCUUUCUCGCCCAGCUGGAGGACCUCCCCUCGCGCUGGCAGCACGUGGAGCGGCGCCUCAUGGAGACGCUGUUCCCUGGUGCCAGGGGCUGGGCCACCCCCGGUCUGCUGCAGCAGCUGACACAGUUGGGCUCUGCGUCGGAUAUUCCAGAUCUCGCCGCCAUAGCGCUUGGCUCGAAAUGCAGAGCCCAUCGCUGGGAGAACACGUUGCAAGGCGGCCUGCAGAUUGAGCCCCGGCAGCGGCGCCUAUCCCAGGCUGUGGCAUACACGACGCACCUCGAUCGGGUGGCUGCCUGGAGCCAGUGGGUUUCCGGCAGCUUCUUCUCGAAUUUGACGCGGGCGCAGCGGCAACUGGAAAACGCAGCAGCGACUGCACGAAACGCUGGCAGCGGCGCUGCACCGAAGUACUCCGAGUUCGGGACAUUUAGGGGCUUCACAGGCACCUGCGGGCGCGGUUGGACCGCUGGCAGUUGCAAGUUCUACCUGGACACCGAGCUCGGCGACUGGAGGUCCUCGCCAUGCUUGUUCGGGUGCCAGAAUGGGCAGGACAGCAUCGCGCACUAUGCGCGCUGCCCGUGCGUGGUCCGGUUGGCUCGGACGCGCCUCCGGCUGCAGCCGGCGCCGGCCGCCGCGCGUCUCGACGACUUCUUGCUUUUGGGCGGCCAGUCGUCCGAGCGUCACCUGGCCCUGCGGGCGCUUUGCUUGUGCGCCACCUUCAUGGCCACGAAUGCCGUGCGUCGCGGGCGGGCGACUGCCGCCAGCGACGCAAGGGUGCAGGCCUUCAUCGAGGCGGCGGCUCGCGAUUCUCCGCUUGCUAACAUCGUGAACACGCUCUGGAGCAAUUGA